AUGUCGGCAAACGAAGGUCACGAUAGCGUGCGACGACCGCGCUCCACGUCGCGUUCGCGUCCCACGACUCCUCUCCGCCCCUCCUCCCGUUCCUCGUUCCGCGAGUCCGCUCAGCGCAGCGUCCAAGGCGGAGAGCCCUUCCCGCUGAACGCCUUCGAACCCGCAUUCGCCGAGUUUUCUGACGCUAUGGCCGACCUAGAGGCGAACAUGAUGCACUUCCAGCUGAUGCACGAAAGCCUCUCCCGUUUCAGCGAGAGCUUCGCGAGCUUCAUGUACGGACUGAACAUGAAUGCUUUCUGCGUCGACUUUGCCGAGGGCCCGAUCCCCGAGUCAUUCCGCAGAGCGAAGCUUAGAGAGGAGCAAUCACCGGCACCAGUCCGAUCUCGAAGCACAGAGCGAGGAGGCGAAUUUGAGGGGGAGACGACAUUCAUGACUACGGACACCUCCUUCGUAGAGAACCCACCGACGGUCUCCAAGCCGACUCCUAAGAAGUUUGCGACGCCGGAUGCACGUCAAUCUCGCGUCCCCCCUCCCUCGAGAGGCGGCACCCAGUCUAGAGGUAGAGGUGGAACGGGACGAGGUCGCACAAGUGGUCUCGUUAGACCGAGAGCUCGUGGCUUGAAAUGA